AUGAGUAAAAGUGACGAUGAGAUAUACGCCGAUAACCUGUCAAAUGUUAGUGCGCCAGAAUCAAAUGACAGCGAAGAUUCAGACAGUGGAAGCGAAAUUUUUGUUAGAAAAUUGAAAAAUUUGAUGAAGCCGGUAAUAGAUUCUGAUGAGGAGGAUAGUAGUACUUCCGACGAAGAGGAAAUGGAAUGGACCCGAACAAACGGCACCGGUAAUAUGCAAAACUGUAAGGAACAAGCAGGAGUGCAAAUAUCGCUUGAUGAAUGGAGCAUACAAUCAGCUGUAGACCUUUUCUUUGGUGAAGAAUAUUUAAUGAAAUUAUUCGUAACUGAAACGAAUCUAUAUCACAAACGGCAACAAAUUGAUAUCGAAGAAAGUAAAGAUAGGAACUGGACGGAUACAGACGCUGAGGAGAUAAAAAAAUUUUUCGCUUUAAUAAUUCUGAUGGGAUUAGUAAAAAAGUCAGAAAAAAAUGAAUACUGGUCAAUAAGUCCAUUAAUUUUCGGAAGAGUCACGCCAAGAAUUAGAUUUCACCAAAUUUGGAAAUACUGGCAUUUCAAUGAUAACGAAAAAUGUCAAGACCGAUUGAACAAGAUUAAACCCAUGACAGACCAUUUCAAACAUAAAUUUCGAACCGUCUAUAAACUAACAAAAGAAUUAUCAUUAGACGAAGCUAUUAUACCAUGGCGCGGAAAGCUUUGCUUCCGCACUUAUAAUCCUGACAAGAUUGUCAAGUACGGAAUAUUAGUACGCAUGUUAUGCGAAGCACGAUCUGGUUACAUUUGUAACUUUGAUAUAUAUUAUGCCCGGGGAAUAAAACUAAAAGAAACCAUAUUGUCGGUACUGUCACCGUACCUUUACUUGUGGCAUGAUAUUUAUAUGGAUAAUUACUACAAUAGUGUAGCAAUCACAGAAGAGCUGCUACAAAAACAAACAAAUGUGUGCGGAACAUUACGAAAGCAUAGAGGUGUACUACACUGUUUGAAAAAUAUAAAUUUAAAGGAGUCCGGCACGGACUUUUGCAGGAAAGCUAAUAUCCUUGUGCAAGCAUUUCGAACUAAAAAAAAAGACAUUAUAUAUGAUUUCAAGUAUACAUACGGCAAAUAUGGUUGA